CUCACGCGCACGGCCGAGGACGCCGCGAGCGCGCGACCUCGCCUCUUUUGAGCCCGCGCGCGCGCGCGCGUCUCCGCGACCGCGGCCGGACGUCCGCCCGUCGCCAUGGACAUCCAGAGCAUGAUGGACGAGGCGUCGGAGCGCGAGCGGAUGAUUUAUGCGAAAUUCAGGCUCUACGACGUGGACGGCACCGGCACUAUCGACGUGCACGAGAUCCAGGAACUCCUGAAGGAACUCCGCGUCGUCGGCGUCGCGAACGACGCGGACAGGUAUCUCGUCAAGAAGCUCAUGCACGAGCUCGGCAGGGACGAGGACGGCGUCAUCGACUUCGAAGAAUUCAAGGUGCGGAGAGCCCAUUCUCUUUCCCCGCGGCGCCAACUGGACCAACUCGGGAGAAGAAUCCAAAAAUGAAUCAUCCCCGCCGC